AUGAAAUGCCAAUACUGCGAAGCAGCAGAAUUCUUAAUAGAGUGUAUAACAUGCGGAAAGCAUUUCUGCAAUUCACAUAGCGCUUCAUCCAUAUCUCAUAUAGUGUUUCAUCUUGUGAAAGCAAGGCAUAAAUCAAUUCGAAUUGGAGGAGACAUCAAGUGCAGGAAAUGCGGAGAGGACAAUUUGUUUAAACUUCUAGAUAGCAAUGGGAAGAUAUUUUGCAAUGCAUGCGGCUCUGGCAGAACCUUGGUUGAAGAGAGAUGUCUUACCAUAAUCAAGAGCCCCGAGGUCCAGGGAAGAAGGCUCACUAAGCAGCAAAUGGCUGAGAUGGAGGAGAAGAACGUGCCGUCACUUCCUCAGGUUAAGCCGAGAUUUGAAGCUGGGGAGUAUGUCGAAGUGUUUUCUUCGCUAAUUGAGGCUGAGUGCCGGAAAGAAAGGGAGAUAAAGGAAUCGAUGAGACAAGAGAAUGUGUUUGUUCGGUGGGAGAAGAUGAAGUAUUGUUAUUUCUACUUCCAGAAUGGAGACAACGAGCUAAAGAUUAACAUUGGUGAUGAGAUUAGGCUGACCCAUAAGAGCGGAUUUGUCUUGAAUGGAUUCGUUAGCGGAGAGACAUUUAGCGAGGAGUUGAAGGUGGAAGUUGAAAUACCUGGGGAUUACCCAAGAAGCGGAUAUACUGUUGAGUAUCUUUGGAGAGGUGUAUGCUAUGAAAGAAUGGAAUGGGCUUUAAGGAAGUUAUAUAACACAUAUAAGAAAGAGAUUGGGAAAAACAAAAAAAACAAGAGUAAUAAUGAUGAGAAGGGCUUGCAUGAAGAAGAAAUAGAUGCCAAUAGAUCUUUGGGCAAAAGAAAACCGUUGGACUGUAUUGAAGGGAGGAAUGGGCCGGAUGGGAGAAAAGCAACAAAAGCAAAGAAAAACUUAAAUGAAGGGCCAUCUAUAUUUGAAUACAUCCUGAAAGGAUAUAAAGAAGGGAUCAGUAACAUCGAUCAUAUUUUUUCACCUCCGAACCUUCCAAAACUCAAUACUUCCCAAGAAACGGCGGUUAGAGCAGCUCUUGGGAGAAAGGUGACGUUGAUACAAGGGCCACCUGGGACUGGAAAGACAUUGGUGUCAUCUUCUAUUGUUUACAACUUUGUGAAGCAUUAUGGAGGAAAGGUCCUUGUUGUUGCGCCAAGCAACACUGCAGUAGAUCAGCUUACUCUGAAGAUCCAUAAGACAGGCCUGAAGGUUCUACGAGUAAUGAGUAGAAGAAGGGAGUGCGGGCAGUCAGAUGUAAGCUUUCUGUCUCUUCAUGAGAAUUUGAGAGAGUUACAAGAAGGAAGAAAGAAAAAAGAUGAGGGAUGCAGAGACAAUGGUAGAUAUAAUAGUAUCUACAAUGACGAGGUUAGUGAGUCAUUAAAAAAGCAGCUUCUAAAUCAAGCAGAAGUUAUCACAUGUACAUGUGUAACAUCGGGGCAGAAGAUGUUUAACAAGUUCCGAUUCCAUUAUGUAUUAAUUGAUGAGGCAGUUCAGUCAACAGAGCCUUUAAGUCUUAUCCCUCUGGUAUAUGGAUGCAAAAAGCUUGUGCUUGUCGGGGAUCAUAAACAACUAGGCCCUACAAUUCUGUGUAAGAAAGUGGCACAGGCUGGAUUCAAACAAAGUUUGUUUGAAAGACUGAUCUCGAUUGGGGUGGUUCCGUAUGUAUUGUCUAUCCAAUACAGGAUGGAUACAGAUCUUUGUGAAUGGCCAUCAGAAAUGUUUUACAAUGGAGAACUCCUCACAGGAGGAAAGAGAUUCUGUAGAUUUGAUCUGGGAAUCCCAACAAACUUUUUUUACGUAUGUUAUGGAAGAGAAGAAGUAAGUGCAAGCGGGACCUCUUUUAUCAAUCAAGCCGAGGCUCUAUACUGUGAAAGUAUAAUAAGACAUCUAUUCAAGUGUGGUGUUACGGAGAAUCAAAUAGGUGUGAUAACACCCUAUGAAGGGCAAAGAUCUUACAUUCUAAACAGAAUAUUUGGGGCGGAGCCUGGGAAUCUCGAAAUAAGUAAUGUUGAUGGGUUUCAGGGAAGAGAGAAAGACUUUAUAAUAGUUAGUCUUGUUCGAAGCAAUUUAUAUCAGGGGAUAGGAUUUGUUGGAGACAAAAGAAGAAUGAAUGUUACACUAACAAGAGCAAAGCAUGGACUAGUAAUAAUAGGGAACCCAACGACCUUGAUGAAGCAUGACAUGUGGAGUAACCUAUUGUCGUUCUAUGAUAAAAAAGGUCUUGUAAUGGAAGGGCCGUUGCACAACUUGAGGAGGGUUAUCAUAAAGCCUCCUAAACUUUUCGAUUUCAAGGAGAUGAGCAGAACUCUUAUGAGCCAAAUAUGA